AUGGGAAAGGUUUGCCAUGGACUUUGUGAUAGGUUGCUACGGACUCUGGGUAAGUUUGACUCCGUUUGGGUGAUUGUGGAUCGUUUGACUAAGUCAGCUCAUUUCAUUCCUGUUCAGACGACUUAUACUUCUGAUAAGCUAUCUAAGAUCUAUAUUCGUGAGAUCCUUCGUUUGCAUGGAGUGCCCGUUUCUAUUAUUUCUGAUAAAGGGACUCAAUUCACCUCUUACUUCUGGAAGUACUUGCAAAAUGAGUUGGGUACUCGGAUUGAGUUGAGCACAGCAUUUCAUCCCCAGACUGAUGAUGCCAUUACAGAUCAGACCACAGAAAUUGAUGUGCAAAAACGAGUUAGGUUGUACUUGCUAUGGCUCUGUGACGGCACUAUAUUUCCAGAUAAGUCUAGUAAUUUGCUUAACUUAGAUUAUUUUCUUGACAUGUGUGACCUUAACGCAAUGAGUACACAAGCUUGGGGAGCGGCUGUGUUGUCAUAUUUGUAUAAUUCUCUAUGCCAUGCUUCGAUGACCAAGGCCAAGGAUGUGUGUGGAUUCAUUCCCUUGUUGCAGGUCUGGGCUUGGGAGCGAAUUAUACCGUUGCAGCCACCACACACGGUUCUUCAGUUUCAUACGGCUCUUGCACGAAAGUGGACUCAUCGUAGAGUCAAAUAA